UCUUCUUCUUCAGCAUGGGAAACCGUCUCUUGUUAUUUGCUUACACUCUUGUUAUUUCUUUAUCUGCUGCUACUGCUUCUUCUUCGUGGAAGGUUUCUGCAUCAUAUUCUAAUGUCGUGGAGCACACUUUCCAUGUGGGUAACUUGAGUGUCCGCCGAAUGUGCCAAGAACAAACUAUAAUGGCAGUAAAUGGUAGCCUCCCAGGCCCAACACUACAGGUUACUGAAGGAGAUACACUCGUCAUUCAUGUUGUUAAUAAAUCUCCCUACAAUGUCAGCAUUCACUGGCAUGGAGUAUUUCAACUACUUACUGCGUGGGCAGAUGGACCAGGUUAUGCGACCCAAUGUCCAAUACAACCAGGCAACAAGUAUACCUACAAAUUUAAAGUCGCUAAACAAGAAGGAACCUUAUGGUGGCAUGCACAUACAUCUUUUAUGCGAGCGACUGUGUACGGUGCUCUCAUAAUUCGUCCAAGGGCUGGUCGGAGCUACCCAUUCCCUACACCAUAUAAAGAAGUCCCAAUCAUGUUAGGGGAGUGGUGGAAUGCUAACGUGAUGGACGUGGAGCGGAUAGGUAUGGCAAUUGGCGGCGUCCCAAAUGUCUCGGAUGCUUAUUCAAUAAAUGGACGUCUUGGUGAUCUGUCCCCGUGUUCAAAAAAGCAUACAUAUAAGUUGAAUGUGGUGAAAGGAAAGACUUAUCUGCUUCGGCUCAUCAACGCUGCCCUGAAUAAUCAAUUUUUCUUCAAAAUAGCUGAUCACAAAUUCACGGUAGUCGCAAUAGAUGCCAGUUACACUGAACCUUAUCACACGGAUGUAGUCGUCUUGGGUCCAGGCCAAACAACCGAUGUCCUCUUAAAGACUGAUCAACCAAUUGGGGAUUACUAUAUGGCAGCUCAUCCCUAUGUUAGCGCCAUGUUACCUGCCCCAUUCUCACCAAUUGCCACCACUGGGAUACUCCGGUACAGAGGUGGCACCACUUCAAUUUCAUCUGCCUCUACACCCAAAAUGCCAAUCCUACCAGCUUUCAACGACACCCCAACAGCUCACAGAUUCCACACCAAUUUGACCGGUUUAAAGAAUGGCCCCUUUUUUGUCAAGGUUCCGCGUAAUGUAGAUGUGAAAAUGUUGAUCACCGUCGGGGUGGGGAUUAGCACUUGUCAGACGCUAAAUGCUUGCAUUGCUAACCCAUUUGGACCUAACAUUCUGUUCUCAGCGAGUAUGAACAACCAGUCGUUCCAAUUGCCUAGCAGUUUAUCGUUGUUGGAAGCAUUUGUUACGGGUGCAAAAGGAGUUUACACAGAAGAUUUCCCCGAUCAACCACCACUGAAAUUCAAUUAUGCUACCGACAACAAUCAAUCGUUAUGGAUGACCCUGAAGAACACAAAAGUUAAGAGGUUGAAGUUUAACUCCAAGGUCGAGAUUGUUUUCCAGAAUACGAAUAUCCUCAGUAUUGAGAGUCAUGUUAUGCAUAUUCAUGGCUUCAAUUUCCAUGUUUUGGCACAAGGGUUUGGGACAUAUAAUCAAAAGAGAGACAAGAAGAACUUCAACUAUGUUAACCCACAAGAAAGGAACACGGUUGCUGUUCCAACCGGAGGAUGGGCUGUCAUCAGAUUUCGGGCCAACAAUCCAGGUGUAUGGUUAAUGCAUUGUCAUAUGGAUCUCCACAUGCCGAUGGGUCUAGCAACUGCAUUCUUAGUUGAGGACGGACCAUACCCAUGGAUGAAGCUUCCUCCACCGCCAAAAGAUCUUCCUCGUUGUUAAUCAUAUUCUUGUUUUGUUUUGUUUUUUUACGAUGUAUAUUAGUCUCUAUUUUUUUUGUGUCAGCAAAAGGAGAAAGUUAUAUCAAGGAUUUGGGAGUGUAAUAUAGUAUAGAGUGUUAUUCGUUUUUUUGAAGCAUAAAAAUGCCUAAAUGAAGUAAAAGAAUAAGAAAAUAGAAGGAAAAAGAAUUUGUAUUUAUCUUGUUAAUCAAGUAACUUAUUUUUUUA